GGCGGCUCCGGGAAGAUGGCGGCCCGGGCGGGUUUCCAGUCUGUAGCGCCGAGUGGCGGUGCCGGAGCCUCAGGAGGGGCGGGCGCGGCCGCUGCCCUGGGCCCCGGCGGAACUCCCGGGCCUCCUGUUCGAAUGGGCCCGGCGCCGGGUCAAGGGCUGUACCGCUCCCCGAUGCCCGGGGCGGCCUAUCCGAGACCAGGUAUGCUUCCAGGCAGCCGAAUGACACCUCAGGGACCUUCCAUGGGACCUCCUGGCUAUGGGGGGAACCCUUCAGUACGACCUGGCCUGGCCCAGUCAGGGAUAGACCAGUCCCGCAAGAGACCUGCGCCACAGCAGAUCCAGCAGGUUCAGCAACAGGCGGUCCAAAAUCGAAAUCACAAUGCAAAGAAAAAGAAGAUGGCUGACAAAAUUCUACCUCAAAGGAUCCGUGAACUGGUACCAGAAUCUCAGGCCUAUAUGGAUCUCUUGGCUUUUGAAAGGAAACUGGACCAGACUAUCAUGAGGAAACGGCUAGAUAUCCAGGAGGCCUUGAAACGUCCCAUCAAGCAAAAGCGAAAGCUGCGAAUUUUCAUUUCAAACACAUUCAAUCCUGCUAAAUCAGAUGCCGAGGAUGGGGAAGGGACAGUGGCUUCCUGGGAGCUUCGGGUAGAAGGACGACUCCUGGAGGAUUCAGCCUUGUCCAAAUAUGAUGCCACCAAACAAAAGAGGAAGUUCUCUUCCUUUUUUAAGUCCUUGGUGAUCGAAUUGGACAAAGACCUGUAUGGGCCAGACAACCAUCUGGUGGAAUGGCACAGGACCGCCACUACCCAGGAGACUGAUGGCUUCCAGGUGAAGCGGCCAGGAGAUGUGAAUGUACGGUGUACUGUCCUACUGAUGCUGGAUUACCAGCCCCCACAAUUUAAAUUAGACCCUCGCUUGGCUCGGCUCCUGGGCAUCCAUACCCAGACACGUCCAGUGAUCAUCCAAGCACUGUGGCAAUAUAUUAAGACACACAAGCUCCAGGACCCUCAUGAGCGAGAGUUUGUCAUCUGUGACAAGUACCUCCAGCAGAUCUUUGAAUCUCAACGUAUGAAGUUUUCAGAGAUCCCUCAACGACUCCAUGCCUUGCUUAUGCCACCAGAACCCAUUAUCAUUAAUCAUGUCAUAAGUGUUGACCCAAAUGACCAGAAGAAGACAGCAUGUUAUGACAUUGAUGUGGAAGUAGAUGAUACAUUGAAGACCCAGAUGAACUCUUUUCUGUUGUCUACUGCCAGCCAGCAGGAGAUUGCUACUCUAGACAACAAGAUCCAUGAGACAAUAGAAACCAUCAACCAGCUGAAGACCCAGAGGGAGUUCAUGCUGAGCUUUGCCCGAGAUCCUCAGGGUUUCAUCAAUGACUGGCUUCAGUCCCAGUGCCGGGACCUCAAGACCAUGACUGAUGUGGUGGGUAACCCGGAGGAAGAGCGCCGAGCUGAGUUCUACUUCCAGCCCUGGGCUCAGGAGGCUGUGUGCCGGUAUUUCUACUCCAAGGUGCAGCAGAGACGGCAAGAACUAGAACAAGCCCUGGGAAUCCGGAACACAUAGGGCUUCUCCUACAGCCCUGAUUUGGCUGCACCAGUUCUUCAUUUGGGCCCUUUGCUGCCUGCAUGGUAGCACCUGCCUUGGUCUUGCUUGGGGCCUUCCAGGAGAUGCUGUUGGUUCAAGGACAAUACCAGAACGAAGAGGGUCUCACAUUUCUGUUUCACAAGGCACCUAUUAACCUCUUCUCUCAUCCCAGCCCUCCUACCCCCAGCUCCCUUUGCCCCACAAAAUUCCCAUGUGCCUCUCUCCCCUCCCUCUCCUGGUCUACGUAGGACCUCUAGUAGUGUUAGAGAACCCGUAGUGGUAAUCAGUGCUCUAAAAGGACUGGGGCCUCAUGAGGCCUGGUGGCCUUCAGGAGACCAGCUACAUUGUCCUACCCUUCAGAGACCCAGGAUUGGAGAGCUGUCUUCUCCUGAGACUCAGGCCUGGGGCCACUCUAUAAGCUAGUUGAUCUUGACCCUUCUGAUAAUGGUCCAACUCCCUCCUUUCCCUCCACAGGUUGGAGCAAAUACCCUUCACUUGUUGCCCUCUAGUACUAAAGGAACCCAGGUUCUUGGGCUCCACUGAGCCCCAGGUCAGUUCCCACCCCCCGAUUGACCUGCUGUUUUGAGUGUCUGACUCCUUUAGUGGGGGUCGCUGUCAGUAUUGGAGUUUGUUCCCAAACUAUUGCUCCACACACUCCCAUAGCUACCAUUGUAGGAUUUCCUCACAUCUGCUUUAACGGCAUUUGAGUAGGGGAUCUGGCCUUUCCCUGUCGGAGCUCCAGAGAUCUAGGCUGGGGUACUGUCUUGGCCAACAGAGGCUGUUUCUUUCUGCUGUUGGUUGCAGGAGUGGCUCAUGUAUUCACUCUAUCCUGUCCCCUUCCUUAAAUGGAGAAACAGACCUAAAAUCAAACGGGUAAAGCCCUGGGCCAUCCCUGUCUUCCUGUCCCUUGUCUGCCCAGUUGACACCCACUGGUGACUUCUAGGGCACUGAGGAGUGAAAGCGCCUAAGGCUGGAGAAUAGGUCUGAGAUGAGUUUAUGACCCCCCCCCCCUCGGCCUCUGAAUUGUGACUCCCCAAGCCCUGCCCUUAAAGCUUCAGACCCCUCAGGUAGCAGCAAGACCUUGUGAUCUUGGCCCUUUGGAAGUGAGAUGGCUUUGCAUCUUUCCAGGGGAACCUCAGAUCUUCCAGGUCGAAUCACCCCGAGUUAGCAUAUUCCCAGGCUCGCAGACAACACUGCAGGGUGGGAGACAGCCGGGCACGGGGAUUCCGUUCAGCAUGGGCUCUGAUCUGAACCCACAGAACUGACAAAGCCCCUGCUUCUCCACCCCACCUCAGGCUCCUGCGAGCAGUGUCCCCUGCCCUUGUCCCUGCCUGUUCUAUACUGAGGACAGCAGGUUUUUCCUAUCUUACCUUUGUCAUAUACCCCCUCCCUUGAAAGGUUCCCUCCCACAGUGACACUGGAUGACCCUAGGGCAGCUGAGCCCUGGCCCAGCUCUUGGCUGGAACCACAAGGAGGAAGCUUAGCACUCCAAUAGUGUCCCUGUUGAUAACUGUUUUUCACUGAAUUACUGUGUUGUUGGUUUUUUUUUCCCCCCAUGGACCAAAUUUUUUUUUGUACUGUCCCCGUAUUAAUGUCACCCAGUUUUAAUAAAAGAAUCUUCUGAAGGGUGA